UGUACGGCGUACGAUGGAGAAGCCAUGACGCAUCCGUCGCAUCAAACCAACGGCGCCAGCCUGGAGGACUGCCACACGAAUUUCUUCGCACUGACGUCCCUCUGCGGUAUUAAAUGGAGGAAGCUCGUGUGGGGCGAGGUAACCGGUGGAUUCGGUGGCACUCCUCUGGAGGACCCGGUGCUGUCGAGUUUCUCACGAUGCUUAGCUGGUGACAUUCUGUGCGUGUGGCGACGAGUGGCCGCCACGCCGGCCACCUCCGGCCCGGCAGCGGCCGCCACCGCCGCCGCUUCGGCGCCUGGAGCUGGCAUCUUCGACCUGGGCAUCGCGCCCUCGCCUGCGCCUCCGCCGCUCUCUCUCACCGCUGCCAAGGAGCUCUGGAUCUUUUGGUACGGCGAGGAACCCGAUCUCUCCGGUCUCGUAUCGCCGGAGCUCAUCGCUUGCGAAAGUGAACAAGGUUCUUGGGAAAGCGGAUUGUCGUACGAAUGCCGGUCGCUUCUUUUCAAGGCUCUGCAUAACUUGAUCGAACGGUGUUUGCUAUCCCGUGACUUCGUUCGCUUAGGAAAGUGGUUUGUGCAACCUUACAAUGGCUACGAGAAACACCGUUGCAGCAGCAGCCACUUGUCGUUCUCGUUUGCAUUCUUUGUUCAUGGAGAAAGUACUGUGUGUGCGAGUGUAGACGUUAGGCAGCAUCCUGCAGUGCGACAUCUCACAAAGACAUGUCUACAACGUACUCAGACCUCCCAAUCUGGUGUUAAGGUGAUCCUAGCUCCUUACGGACUAGCGGGCACAUUAACUGGUCAAGUGAGCCGUAUGGAUAGUCAACUUCUCGAAGAAUGGAAACACUUCUAUCCGAUCAGUACCGGCAACAAUCCGGAGACUGGGCUUCCACCCCUUGUGGAGGUCCUCGUCGGUGGCGUGCGCAUGCGUUAUCCUUCUUGUUACGUCUUGGUUACGGAUAUGGAUGAUACGCCACCGGAAACUCCUCUCUCACCGCCAAGCAGUCCCGUCACCUGCGAACGACCUCUCUUGACGCAACAGGAACUGAGUGCAGCUACCGAAUUGCCGGAACGUGUGUGGGCAGAAUGUACUUUGAGUUCACCGGUGCCCGCUUCCAAGACAGAAUCUUCCACGGAACCUGGAACUUGGACAUUUGUGGAACCGACGCAAAAGUCUUCCUGUACCUGUUCAUGUUCGAAGUAUACGACCCCCGGGGGUUGGAAGAGUCUGGCCUCCUCUCAAGUUCAGAGGGAGAGGGUAGAUAAAGGUGGACGGAGGGUCGUACCGUUUCAUCGACGCUCUACCACCCAGUGGGACGCUUGUCCCUCUGUCCCUGCUAAUGCCCCCAGGUCGGUACCGAGUAGAACGGAAGCACCUAGUACGCCACCAGGAGGUCCACCAUCAUAUUCACGCGGACCACCGACGGGAGGAGAUUGUCUACCGGUACCGUCAGUUGGCUCGCCAGGUUCACCGGCACCGUCGCCCCUUCUGACUCCGCACUCUGAGCCGGCGUCGGUCCCGCCGGCAGAGCCUACGAUGCCGACUCUCAGUCCGCAACCUCCACCCAGUCACACAAACACUGCCCCACCUCUGACCCCGUCGCAAGGGCCCAAGUCCACUUCUUCCGCGUGCAACAACCAAGUGCACAGUCCGUCAGUUCCCGGACCGAUACUGAAACGACCGAUCUUGACGUCUAGGGAGUACGAGGGUGCUCUCUUAGAAGACGAGCGACCUCUUUCCUGGCUCUACGAUUAUUCGCUUCAGGAAGCAUGGUUGGAUCAUCCUGUGAAGCGUUUCAAGUCCAUGAAUAUCACCAGCCCUCCGAUCAAUCGAAGCAACACUCUGUAUCCACCGAUCAACUCUCAGACGCCUCCGUCUCAACUUGCUCCUAAAUUGGAAAUCAAACAAGAACCUGUCGCGACUGGCGAAUGUAUCGGAAGAAGAAACGAUCCGUACGAAUUUGAUGCGACCGGCGAAGAAAACGGCACGAAUGUUGACGGUCUCAGACGACAAAGGGAUGACCCAACGAAACCGGGAUCUCUAUUCACCAGCGAGGGUCUUCAGCCAUCUUACAAAGAUCUAGAUCAAAUAUUCGACAAUUCAGAUCCUGAUACUUCCAGCGAUGAAACGAAUUUGAAUCAGCUUCAAAUACAAACACCGCCAGGCUCAAACAAGUCCGGAGGAUUACACGAGGAAACGAGGAUAGACGGUGCGAGCAAGAAUAAUAAUCGUGGAGUCACGGUGCUGAGACCGGAAGAACUUUCAAAGAUGUUUCCUACUCCACCGUCUCUCGAGCAUAAUCCGGUUGCUUCACCUUGCCAGCUGAGCGACCCCCUCAUGGACCAAACUGAGUUGAUGAUGCCCGCGCGACCACUUAGACACAUGCCCGACAUCUAUCCCAAUAUGGGCUCUCCGCAAGAGGAACCAAUCGACGAUUGGUCUUACGUGUUCAAGCCAGCGGCCAUCUGCAAGAUGGUCGGUUCUUCCAAGUACGCACCCCUCACGAAUCUGCCUAGCCAAUCUCUGCCAUCCAUCACACUGCCAUCGCACUGCGUGUAUAGACCUUCCUGGCAGUGCAAUCCUGCUUCCACCAAUCAGGCGGACAAAUCUCUUCCACCAACUCGGCCCGGAUCUGUGCAACAACAGUCGCAACAGCAGCAGCAGCAACAACAGCAGCAGCAGCAGCAGCAGCAGCAGCAGCAGCAGCAGCAGCAGCAACAACAACAGCAGCAGCAGCAACAGCAGCAGCAACAACAACCGCCGCAACAACAACCGCAACAAUCGCAGCAACAACAACCGCAACAAUCGCAGCAACAACAGUCGCAACAGCAAUCGCAACAACAACAGCCUUGUCCGGCAAGUCCAGCGCCACCAUAUCGUUCGGCCACUCUUUCUGGUAGACCACCGCCACCUCCAUACGAUCAACCGAGCCCAGCCACUUCCACCACCUCCUCAUAUCUCAACAAAAAUCUGAACAGCAUCGAGGCAGACACACCGGGACCCGUUCGCGCGCCCGAAUCGAAUUCCCUCGUGGUGAACAUUCUUCUGGGCGACACGGCACUCAACAUCUUUCGCGAUCACAAUUUCGACAGCUGCAGUCUGUGCGUGUGCAAUGCCGGACCCAAGGUUGUGGGCAAUAUCAAGGGCGCCGACGCGGGCGUUUACCUUAGCAAUUCAUGGGCUGGCUCCGCGCUUUUUCAAGACGACGAUCCGAUUCGAUGCAGCUGCGGUUUCAGCGCCGUGGUGAAUCGUCGACUGGCGCACCGAGCCGGUUUGUUCUACGAGGACGAGAUGGAGAUUACGGGAAUCGCCGAGGACCCGGCCGAGAAGAAGAAGGGCUCGCUUACCGCAGUCGCGUGUCCUAACACGAAAGCGACCCCGGAGGGUCUCGACACGAUACCGCCGAACGUUCUCGAAUUAUUACGCGAACAAUGCUUGAUCAUUCAAAGCUCGGCCAGCAGUCUGUAUCGUGCGGCCAGAUUAUGUGCCACCACGAAGAGCUACCCGACGCUAACGCCGACGGUGAACACGCUGGAGUUCAAUGAUAGUAACGAGGUAUGCGUCGCGGCGCUCGACCAGGGCAAACUUGACGGCACGCAUAACGAGAGGGCGGCGCGCGUGAACGGCGUACAUCGAUGGGUGUUUCUGAGAGCGCGGGGUCCCCAAUGUAGCGGCGACAUUGUGCGGAUGAUGAGAUCGCUACAGCCCCUGCUCCAGGACGCAGUGCAGAAGAAGUGCACGACACGCAUGUGGGAGGCACCGUACACCGUCGACGGGCCACUCACAUGGCGACAGUUCCAUCGCUUGGCCGGCCGUGGCACCGACGAUCGUUGCGAGCCGCAACCAAUACCGGCUCUAGUCGUCGGAUACGAUCGCGAUUGGCUGUCGUUGUCGCCGUAUGCCGUUUGCUUCUGGGAAAAGCUGUCGUUAGAGCCGUUUGCUGGACCCAGAGAUGUCGCUUACGUGGUUGUCGCACCCGACAGCGACUGUAUCAUUAAUAGAGUCAAAUCGUUCUUCCGGGAGUUGUCCUGCACGUACGAGAUCUGCCGAUUAGGAAGACAUACGCCAAUUUCGAAACAGCUGCGUGAUGGAAUCUUACGCGUCGGCAAAUCUACCGCGCAGAAACUGGCGAAGCAAGCGACGGACGAUUGGUUCAAGGUUCUAGGAGAGAAUCAUAUAGGCGAAUUGUUAAGGUUGUACGCCCAAGCGUGUAACCAUCGGUUAGCGCCAUAUUUGACACAGAUCAUACAAGAUCGUAGUUUGUUAGACCCCGGCGAUACACAAUCGCCCAAUAAACAGCAGCAGCCGCAACCCACUAUUCCCGUUUCCGACACGAUGCCGGCUACACCUGACGUAUUAACGACCAAACCCGAGUCUGUUGAAGGAGAAAAUCCAGCGCGGAGCGAGACUCCUUCUUCAAGCACAGCGACAAACCAAACCACUACCACUACUACGACCACUGGCAAUACAACACCGACCUCGCAAACCACAACCACUACCACGCCGAUUACUACGACCACAGGUCCGGAUGAAGAGGAGAUCGAACCUCCGGCUAUUGUGGUCUAUUUCGUCGAGCCGUUCUCUUUAGGCGGCACCGAGGAUCCGGAUCGACGACGACUCGCCAUUCUGGCUCUACUCAGAGCUUACUCUUCCGCGAUCAACAGCAUGCCUGAAAAUAUGAGAUCAAAUGUUCAUGUUCAGAUAAUAUCCCUGGAGAGUAUAAUGGAAUUAGGACGGGCUCGAGAGAGGCGAAAAAUUCAAGACGAGAUGAGAGCCUUAGCAUUGAAUGUCUUCUUGCAAGGGCGUCGACUAUUGAAUCAUAAUUCCACGGUGAAAAGUCUUACUGGUUUUGGUACGGCCGCCGCCGCGGAUCUCUUCCUCAAGAGUAAAGAUGAACGGAACAGAGCGCCUUACCGACUCUACGCACCGGCUUUCGUACUGGCACCGCUGCGGGCGAAAAGCGAAGCUCCGGAAUCGUUCGGCAUGCCGAGGCCUGAGGAAUGCGCAGUACUCUACCUGAGUUACUGUCUCAGCGAGGAUCAGUCUUGGUUACUGGCGGCCGCAACCGACGACAGGGGUGAAAUUUUUGAGACCGCUACCAUUAACAUUGACAUACCCAAUAGGAAGAGAAGAAAGCGCGCCUCAGCCAGGCGCAUUGGUCUUCAAAAGCUGAUGGACUUCAUAUUAAGCGUAAUGUCCCAGGGUGUGCAGCCAUGGAGAUUAGUUGUAGGCCGAGUAGGACGCAUUGGGCACGGUGAGCUGAAAGGAUGGAGCUGGUUACUCUCUAGGAAAGCGCUGUUGAAGGCCUCGAAGCAUUUGAAAGAAAUAUGUGGACAAUGUAGUCUCCUGUAUCCCUCAGCAGCACCUUGCGUACUGAGUGCGUGUUUAGUUUCGCUCGAACCAGAUUCCACUCUCAGAUUAAUGGCCGAUCAAUUUACUCCCGAUGAGAGAUUCAGUCAGGCGUCUGUAAACUGCCAGUUAUCCACACCGCAAGACGUUACUUGUACUCAUAUACUUGUCUUUCCUACAUCCGCUACUACUCAGUCAUCGCAGACAGCGUUUCAAGAACAACACAACGUACCCGAAUUGGGAGAUGACGAAUUGUUCUCUGCUCUGAAUGAUGACAUGCCGGAAGGCAUGGAAGGAAUGGGAGAUUUUAAUGAUAUAUUCAAUGUUUGGCCUGAGCCAGGAGCAGGCGGCGGACAAAGCCCGAGUGGAAGUCCGCAUCGUCCGGAAGGAUCACCGCACGGAGGAGAUGGCGGUGGAUCGGGCUUAGGCAAUCACGACGGUCCUGGUAGCCCCUUCCCGUGCAGCAAUGCACCAAGAAUAGCGAUAGCCGAACAGACGGAAGAAGUUGGCACACUCCUGCAACAACCCCUCGCUCUCGGUUAUUUAGUAUCGACUGCGCCAACGGGACGAAUGCCACCAUGGUUUUGGGCAGCUUGUCCUCAUCUGGAAAACGUCUGUCCGGUGUUCUUGAAAAACGCGUUACAUCUGCACAGUCCCGCGAUACAGCAAAACAGCGACGAUUUACUUCAGCAACAAAGCGCACCCACUGCUCAUCCAUUGGACUCGCAGUACACCACUGACGUGCUCAGAUACGUAUUGGAAGGGUACAACGCACUGUCAUGGCUCGCGCUGGAUGCAAAUACCAAGGAUCGGUUGUCAUGCUUACCUGUGCAUGUACAGGCGCUCAUGCAUCUCUACCAUGCGACGGCAGCUCUCGUCUGACCCACACCCUCUCCCUUUGUAGUGCAGUAUGUGCACCUCUCUCACGCACUCCUUAUCGUACCGUCACUCGGGGCUUUACGAGAGCAACUGAUUUUCCUAUGCCCUUUACCUAUACUAUGUUAGUUAGGUACUUAGAGAGAAAGAGAUUGUCUAGGUACAGAGUACGAUCCUUCUCGACCACAUGUAAAGAAAACCGAGUCUUUUUUCACUCGGGAUAUAAUUAAUACGAUACAAGGUGACGCGCAGUGAAUGCAACGGCUGAAAAUGCAGAAUUCCGAGAACAAAGCACAGCGAUUCUUCUUUACCAUUUUUCUAUUAUAACAGGCGAAAUAGAUUGUACUUUGUGUUUAUGAUCGUAUCUCGUAUUUCAUAAGGAAAUAAAUAAAUUGUGCAUCCAGUAUGACCAGCGAAAGCAAAUGUGAAACUUACAGAAUGAUAGAGGCGAGUGUAUUACAGAGAUGCGAAGAUGCAAGGAGUGAGAGAAACUGCGAGAAAGAAAGACAGGAUAGGCGAGAAUGGGGAUGGAAGAAAGAGGGUGUCAGAGAAAAGUGUGAGUGAGUGCGUGAGUGAACGAGUGAGCGAGCGAGCGAGUGUGUGUGAGAGAGAGAGAGAGAGAGAGAGAGAGAGAGAGAGAGAGAGAGAGAGAGAGAGAGAGAGAGAGAGGAGGAGAGGAGGAGGAGAGAGAGAGAGAGAGAGAGAGGGGGGGGGGGAUGGUGAAAAAGAGAGUGCAUAAUAAGAAAAUGAUUUUCAAUUGCCUCUCUGUCGAUAGCUAGUUGAAUUACAAAUCAGAAUCUCUAGGAAAAUUACGUAACCAAAAGUUUUUAAUUGUAAAUUAAAUUUUGUACAGAGCUUUUAUUAUUAAUGACGACGAAGUAAUAUAAAUGAUAUUACGUUGUUUUUUAAUUUUAUAUAGAUGAUAUAAAAAGAAAAAGAGAGGUGGACUUCUUUUUUAUAAGCGAUGCCUCGUAUAAGCCCCUGGUGUGAGAUAAGUAUGACGAUUAUAAUAUUAUAUUAUGCUCGCGCGGCACUGGGUCGCUGUUAUCAUGUUUCCUGGACCCGUUAGCGCAAUUUUUCGAUGCUGUUUGACAAAUUUUAUUCGGAUUAGGUGACCUCUAUAUAUUAUACAUACAUUAUAGUGUAAAAUAUUGUUUUUAAAUAAUUUAUGAAGUGAGACAUCUCGCCGAGAUUAGAUAAUUGAGAGUGAAAGAGGGAAAAUAGCAAGUGCGAGAUAGCGAGAGUGAAUGAGCGAGAGUGAGUGAGCGAGAGCGAGAGAGAGAGAGAGAGAAAGCGCGAGAAAGAAAGCAAACGAGAAAAUGCGAGAGAGAAAGAGAGUCAGUUACGUAAAGACAUUGUUUUCCUCCAAUUUAAAUCUGAAUGAAAAAAGAAAAAAAAGAAAAGACACGAAGAGAGAAAUGUGGGGCGCGUCUGAGUGGAGCCACGGUGGCCAAUUGCGUCAGUCGCAUAGUACAAAUAUGACUUGUACAUAGAAUCCCUAACUCCCUAAUUAAUUGGUUAAUUUACUCACACACCCACACUCACUCUGUAUCUAUAGUAUUUAUUACUGGGUAGUAUGUCAUUAUUGGGAUUAUUAUUAUUAUUAUUAUUAAAAUUAUUAUUAUUACCAUUAUUAUAUUAAUAUUACGAAAUACAGUUUUAUGUGUAUAUAUAUAAAAUUACAUAUUGUGAUUUUGCAUUUGCAACUGAGAAUUUUAUGUUGCAAGCACGGUAGAAAUGUGUGCAAUAGAUAUAUCUCGUUCAUAGUUCUAUGAGCGAGGAAAACAUUGAACGCAAGUGGCGACCGGAAAUCAAACUAAGACUUGCUUCCCGGGCGGUUGCACUUAUUACUAAAUUACUCUGUGCAUUAAUAGUGCGAGUGCUCGCUCGCUUACAUACGUUUUAUGGCACUGCGCCUGCACUUCUUACAUAACCGUGUAGUGAAUAUGUGAAAGUAUUUAUGCCGUAUUUAAAAAAAACAAAAAACAGGAAAUAAAACACUGUAUCUUCCACGACGUGUACAUUGGCAAUAAAAUCGAAAAUUUGCAAA